CUUUUUUGACGCGGAACGCGAGGGGAAGCCUCCUCCCUCCCACCCUCCUUCCCGGUGCUGUCCACAUUAACUAGGAGGCGAGAAGGAAGUGAAAAGAAGGUCUUGCAUCCCACGCCACUGACAGCUCCGGCGCGGGCACCCACAUACGCCUCCCCGGACCGCGAUGAGUGCCGGCCGCCGCCGCCAGGACGUCAUGAUCCGCUCGCUGCUCCUGCUGCCGCUGCUCCCGGGAUGUUUCGCCUUCAACCUGGACUUGGAGCAGCCCACUGUUUACAAUGGACCCCCGGGCAGCUACUUCGGAUACUCGGUGGAUUUCUACUCGCCUGUGAAAAGCACUGUCAGUGUCCUUAUAGGAGCUCCGAAAGCCAACACGACUCAGCCGGGGAUAGUGGAAGGAGGAGCGGUGUACUUCUGCGGCUGGCCAGCAGGAGGCGCUCCUUGCAGCCAGAUACCGUUCGACAAAACCAAUAACAGGCUCAUCAGAUUUAAUAGAACAAAGGCACCAGUUGAAUUCAAAUCCAAUCAAUGGUUUGGGGCAACAGUCAGAUCUCAUGAAGAAAGUGUUGUGGCUUGUGCCCCAUUGUAUAAUUGGCGUACCCUUAAAUUGACUGAAGAGAAAGAUCCAGUGGGGACCUGUUAUGUGGCAGUUCAGAAUUUCAGUGUCUAUACAGAAUAUUCUCCAUGUCGCUCUGAUCAGCCAGAUCCCGAGGGUCAAGGGUCUUGUCAAGCAGGAUUUAGUCUUGAAUUUACCCAGGAUGGCAACAUUGUGCUGGGAGGACCAGGAAGCUUUUACUGGCAAGGUCAGGUGAUCACUGCAGGGAUGGUUGGAAUUUUAAAUGGAAGUGACUACAAAAGCUUGCUACGAAGAGUGAAUGGGGAACGCCAGACUGGAGUGGCUCCUGCUGAUUACGAUGACAACUACUUAGGAUACUCAGUUGCCGUGGGGGAAUUCACAGGAGACUCUGAACAAGAAUUUGUUGCUGGAAUUCCAAGAGGUGCUCAGGCAGUCGGAUAUGUUGCUAUUAUAAAUGCAACGGAUAUGACUUUCAUUCAGAAUUUUACCGGUGAAAAGAUGGCUUCUUACUUUGGAUAUACUGUGGCUGUCUCUGAUAUAAACAGCGAUGGACUGGAUGACGUGCUGGUUGGUGCUCCUCUUUUCAUGGACCAGGAGUCCGAUGGGAAGCUGAAGGAAGUUGGGCAGGUUUACCUCUACCUGCAGGAGGAAGCAUUCCUCUUCACCGAUCCUCAGAGAUUGUUGGGAACUGAAAUAUUUGGAAGAUUUGGCAGUGCGAUAGCACCUUUGGGGGAUUUGAAUCAAGAUGGUUAUAAUGAUAUUGCAAUUGGAACGCCAUUUGGAGGUGAGGACAGAAGAGGCAAAGUUCUGAUCUACAAUGGCCAAAAAACUGGGUUAACCUCCAAGCCAUCACAGGUCCUGGAGGGCUUGUGGGCCUCUCAGUCAAUGCCAUCUGGAUUUGGUUUUACUCUACGAGGAGGGUCAGACAUAGACAGAAAUGAGUACCCAGACUUGAUAGUUGGUGCUUUUGGAGCUAGUAAAGUUGCAGUUUACAGAGCUAGGCCUGUUGUGACAGUGGAAGCUCAACUACUCCUGAACCCAUCAAUCAUAAACCCUGAGAAUAAAAGUUGCCAGCUGCAGGGAUCAGAGACCUUGGUGUCGUGCUUCACUGUGAAGGUUUCUGCAGCUGUGUCGGGCCAUGGCAUCCCAAACAUAGUAGUUCUGAAUGCUACCCUUCAGCUCGACAAACUGAAGCAAAAAGGAGGAGUUGAGAGAACGCUGUUCUUUAAUUAUCACCGGCCACAGCACACUUUCCAGUUAGUCCUCAGCAAAAUGGAACAAUUCACCCACCAGGAAUUUGUUGUUUAUCUUACAGAUGAAAAAGACUUUCGGGAUAAAUUAACACCAAUUACUGUGAGCUUAAAUUACAGUUUGAAUGAAUCUCGUCGUUCAAAUGAUCUUAAACCAAUAAUUAACUACUACAGUGAAACAUUCCUUCAGAAACAGGCGUAUAUUCUUCUGGACUGUGGAGAAGACAAUGUUUGCAUCCCAGCCCUUAAACUUUCAGCUGUCCCUGAUACACAUCAGGUAAUAAUUGGAGACGAAAACCCCCUCACUUUAAUCAUAAACGCCAGGAAUGAAGGAGAAGGAGCUUACGAAGCAGAACUCAGUGUCAGCAUACCAUCAGAAGCAGAUUAUAUUGGGGUUAUUCGCAACAAGGAGGCACUGAGCAAGCUAAGCUGUGCCUACAACAUAGGAAAUUCAACUCGAAUGGUCGUCUGUGACCUGGGAAACCCCAUGGCAGCUGGAACCAAUUUGUCAGUGGGUCUACGUUUCUCAGUUCAACGGCUGGAGAAGGCAGAUACCAAUCUCAGCUUUUACCUGCAGAUCAAAAGUUCAAAUAAGGAUAAUCCAAACAGCAACCUCGUGCAACUCCAGAUCAGCAUCAUUGCGGUGUCUCAGGUUGACAUUCGAGGGGUGUCCCAUCCUGAGCAAAUCUUUUUGCCGAACUCUGACUGGAAGAUUAAAGAUAGACCCAAGAAAGAGGAGCACGUUGGACCAGAGGUUCACCAUGUUUAUGAACUGCACAACAGUGGUCCGAGUGCCGUUGGUGCUGCGAUCAUGGAAGUGGAUUGGCCGACACGUUACCGAGAUGAGCAUCUCCUGUAUAUUCUACAGAUGCGGAUGGAAGGACCUUUGCGCUGCCGCAUGAACGCUACUAUUAAUCCACUCCACCUAGAGACUUCUGGUUCACCAGCUGUUGGGGAGCAUAUCGCCUUCCGAGACCCUUCUACAACCUUGCACCACAUUACAAGACGAGAAGUGAGGCUACCACAACCAUUAAAGCAUGAUCAUACAAUAAUUCUGAAUUGCAGCAACGUUGAAUGUACAAAAAUAGUCUGUUAUGUUGAUCAACUGCAGAGAGGGCAGAGUGCGGUGCUAAAAGUUUGGUUUCGCAUGUGGGUUCAGACAUUCCUAAAGAGAAGGAACAGUCAUUUCUCUCUGCAUUCUCUGGUGUCAUUUGUAGUGAAGGAAAUGCCAUACAAGAUUCAGCCAGAGGAAUUACCCAGUGCAAGUACGGUGAUAAGAACGUCAGUGAUUUGGGCCACACCUGACGCUUCACUUGCUAUUCCCCCAUGGGUCAUAAUUCUAGCUGUACUGGUUGGUUUGCUGGUUCUGGCUAUUUUGAUCUUGGUCAUGUGGAAGUUUGGUUUCUUUGAUCGUGCUCGCCCACCUCAAGAUGACAAAACAGAUCAAGAACAGCUUCACCCACAGAAGAUGACAGAUGCCUGAGGACCAACGACAGCUGCUUAACCCAUUCAACCGUUACUUUAAAGAUCUCUCCACACCAUUAAGAAUUACUUCCAUGUACUUACUUUUGGUCAUCAUGUAGAAGACAAUAUUAGAAGGAAGGUAACUUAGAGUAAAACAAGUUAACAGGGUAAGUCUACUGUUGAUGGUGCAGUUAGGCAUAUUGAGUUCCUUUGCAGUUACAGUAAAAGGCCUUUUAUUCUGUAAAGGUGGAUUUGUUAUUUUUAAGUUGCAUUGGUUAUCUUACGAUAUUUUUUUGAAGUGCAGGUGCUGUGCACUUUGUAAAUCAAAUAAAAUGGUGUCUUAUUUUGAACAAAUAGUAGAGGUCCACAGAAAAUCAGAAAUUUUCCAUGUUAUGAGUCUCAUGAGUGCAAACUUCCAAAUGGACUACUUUAUUUCAUGAAUUAUGUAUUGCUGUCCUAGUUGGGCAGCUCUCCAGAAAUGAACUGCAUGUAAGAAACGUCAUUUCUUGCAAAGCAAUUGUGGAACUUACUUUCCUUGUUUGUAUUGCUAUGGUUAAGGAAGAAUUACCAAAUAAGCGGUUCUCACUGCAAGACAGAAGGCUGCAUUCAAUGUAUGCUUUAUUUUUGAAGUAACCAGGUAGAAAAUUCUGAUGAAUUAGACUAGCUUGAAAGAAGCAUUUGCAAAAUAGAUCCUUAAAUGUGGUACUUCAUUCAUUCUGUGGUUCAUUCUG